AUGAGAGCCAUCUCAGCUUACCUUUCUACGAAGAAGCUCACCUUUUUGCUGACCGCCCUCUUCGGCCUCUCCAUCCUCAUCAGCACUGCUGCCGUGGGGAGAGGGGGUGGCGAGCCCCUACUACUGUAUGCCCAGCAGGACAAGAAGCACAGCUCGCCCGGAAGGCAACCGCCGCCUUCGCAGUACCGUUCGCCACCAGAACCGGCUUUAGAGUACAAAUACUUUCACGAAGCCGGCGACAACCUCGUCCUAGCCCACUACGACGCCCGCUUUUACCAAGGCCACAUCCCCCACAACAAACACCGCACAACCCUAACCCACCUGAUCCGCUCCUAUCUCACCACCUUCUCCUCCCACGGCCUCCCGACCUGGCUCGCCCACGGCACGCUGCUGGGGUGGUGGUGGAGCGGGCGGAUCCUGCCGUGGGACGGGGACGUGGACGCGCAGGUCAGCGGGGCGACGCUGGGCUGGUUGGUGGCGAGGGGGUGGAAUCAGAGUCGGUUUGUUUAUCAUGAGGAGGAGUAUGAGUAUUUUGAUGAGUAUGAGUAUUAUGAUGAGGAUGUGGUGCGAGAAGGGGAGGGACGGCGGCGGCGCCGUGUGCGUCAGCGGGAGUAUUUCCUUGAUGUGAACGCGUUCGCGACGCAGACGCGGCGGAGCGGCGGUGAGAAUGUGAUUGAUGCGCGGUGGAUUGAUGUCGAGACGGGGGUGUUUGUGGAUAUUACUGCGUUGUUGGAGCGGGAUCCCGACGGCCGGCCCGGGGUGUGGAGUUGUAAGAACUUUCACGAGUACCCGACGGGGCAGCUGUUCCCGCUGCGGGAGACCGAGUUCGAGGGGGUGCCCGCGCUGGUGCCGUGGGGGUACCACAGCAUGUUGAUCGGGGAGUAUGGGGUGAGCAGCCUGGCUUUUACCGAGUGGGCUGGGCAUCGAUGGGAACCUGAAUUAGGAGUGUGGCUCAAGACGAACAAGACGGAAGGUGGAGAGCGCUGA